AUGAUAACAACUGGAACAACUGUCUCAGCUGCACAAGCAGUUAUCCAACGAAAUAUUCAAUUAAUGCGUAUAACACUUGCUGUUACAGUUCUUUCAUUUAUUACUUUUUCAAUAAUACUUACAUCAAGUUAUUGGAUAGUUAUAACUUAUCCACCUGAUUUCUUUUCUAAAAAACAAAAUCUAUACAUUGUUCGAGCUACUUAUGGUGUCAUUUGGGAAUGUGUAGUUGGUCGACCAACACCAGAUGUUAUGUAUGAAAAUCAAUGUGAUUAUCAUCAAAAUCAUGUUCAAAAUGUAUCUUCAUCAACUGAACAAACUCUACUAGGAAUGAUUCGUACAAUGCUUUCAUUUAGUGCUAUUCAUAUUCUUCUAUUAGUAAUUACAUUUAUUUGUGGUUUAUAUAGUAUUCGUGAAUAUCGAUAUACAUAUAAACGAUUAACAGGGAUGAUAUAUAUUGUGACUGCUGUUUCUCUUCUCGUUUGCAUUGAAGCAUUAAGUACUAUAUUUCGUCAUGCUAGUGCACAUUUACCCAAUAUUUAUCCACCCGGUACGAAACAUACUAAAAAACGAAAAGGUACAUUUGAUGAAGCAACAGAAGAAGAAGCUUUGGCUAAUCUACCUGUUGAUCUUGGUCGAUUUUAA